GCUCCUGGACAACCGGAGUCCACGGCUCCCAGCAGCGGCGCUAACUGCUCUCCCCAAGCACAGGUCAUCGGGUCCCCAAAUCCCUGUCCUCACCCCAGCCCGCCCGUCGCCUCCGCCCUCUCCCGGCUGCAGCGCGGGCAGCGCUCUGGCACUCCCAAGGACUCCCCGCCACUCUCCCCGCACAGGCGACGGCACCUGCGCGGCAGCCCGCAGCCCAGGACGCCCCCGGCCAGAGCAUAGGGACCCGCGCCUGAGCAUCCUUCAGGGCGGGUGCCUGGCGCGAAGGGAGGGGGCGGGAGGAAAGGGGCGGGGGAAUUCCUGAUUCCCUGGCAGACCCUGAAAGUUGUCCUUAAAUAAAUAUAUCGCUGGCCCGCAGUUGAGCAGCCACCUCGUCAGAGCAGCAUGUGGACUGGCUCGCCGGGUCCCCUCUGUGCUCUGUGUUGUCGCCGCCGCCUCUGUCAGAGCAGCAGCUGUCGGCAGCAGGAGCCCCGCACGGGGCGCGGAGCAGGGACGCGCGGCCACUGCCUCCCGCCGCGUCCUGCUGGCCGCUUCUUCUCGGGAGGUGGCAGUCGCUGUUGCUGCUGAGAAACCAGCCCGCUCUCCACGGCUGGUCGCCUGGUGAGGAGUUCAGACUGCGCCUCCGCCCGGACCCACAUGGCUUGUUACCUGGUCAUCAGUUCGAGACAUCUCAGCAAUGGGCACUACCGGGGCAUUAAAGGAGUCUUCAGAGGACCCCUCUGCAAGAACGGAUCUCCCUCUCCGGAUUUUGCAGAAAAGGAGAAGUCCAUAGCAAAGGCUCUGGGAGAUGUAAAGGCAAACUUUUACUGUGAAUUAUGUGACAAGCAGUAUCACAAACACCAGGAGUUUGACAAUCAUAUUAAUUCUUAUGAUCAUGCUCAUAAGCAGAGACUGAAAGAAUUAAAGCAACGAGAAUUUGCUAGAAAUGUAGCUUCUAAGUCAUGGAAAGAUGAAAAAAAACAAGAAAAAGCACUUAAACGACUUCAUCAGUUGGCUGAGUUAAGGCAGCAAUCUGAAUGUGUUUCUGGAAAUGGACCAGCAUACAAAGCCCCCAGGGUAGCCAUAGAAAAGCAACUCCAGCAAGGAAUUUUCCCCGUUAAGAAUGGCAGAAAGAUAUCAUGCAUGAAGAGUGCACUUCUCCUUAAAGGAAAAAAUCUCCCCAGAAUCAUUUCCGAUAAACAGCGGUCCACCAUGCCAAAUCGACACCAAUUACAAGCAGACAGGUGUUAUUUGUUUGGAAAUCGGAUACCGCAAACAUCUUCAGAUCUCAGCAAUGCAAAUCACAGAACAGGAGUGUCAUUUUCUUUUUCCAAAAAAGUGCACCUAAAAUUAGAGUCUUCAGCAUCAGUUUUCAGUGAGAACACAGAAGAAGCCCAUGAUUGUAACAAGUCACCCAUUUAUAAAACAAAACAAACUGCAGAUAAAUGCAAAUGCUACAGGUUUGCAAAUAAAGAUACACACCUUACCAAGGAAAAAGAUGUAAAUAUCUCACCAAGCCAUCUGGAAAGUGUUUUACACAAUACCAUCUCCAUAAACUCUAAAAUUUUGCAAGACAAAAAUGACUCUAUUGAUGAAACACUAGAAGAUUCAAUUGGCAUUCAUGCUUCGUUCUCUAAAUCUAACAUUCAUCUUUCAGAUGUAGAUUUUACUCCUUCCAGCAGAGGAAAAGAAACUAGAAAUACAUUGAAGAACACUUUAGAAAAUUGUGUUAAUCACCCAUGCCAAGCAAAUGCUUCCUUCAGCCCACCAAACAUUUACAAGCAUAGUGAUGCCAGGAUAUUUGAAUGUCUGGAUGAGUUUUCAUCACCAGAGCCAAGUGAGCAAAAGAGUACAGUGCAUCUGAAUCCAAAUUCCAGAAUAGAGAACAAAGAAAAAUCUUUAGAUAAAACAGAAAGAGUUAGCAAAAAUGUUCAAAGACUUGUAAGAGAAGCAUGUACUCAUAAUGUGACAUCUAAAUCACUGCCUUUUCUCCACGUUCAAAGCAAGGAUGGCCACACCACUCUUCAGUGGCCUACGGAACUUCUGCUGUUUACAAAAACAGAACCCUGUAUCUCUUAUGGCUGCAACCCACUGUAUUUUGAUUUUAAGCUUUCUCGGAACACAAAGGAAGGCCACAAUCCAGAGGACUUAAAAACAGAAUUGGGUAAGAAGCCCUUGGAAGUGAAGACUAAAAGAGAGAGCCAGGUCUCAGGUUUAAUCAAAGACCAACAAAAAUUGAACCAAGAAGAUAAUGAAUAUCUGAAACCAAAGAUGAUGAUAAGUAAUCCGGAUUGGGAAAAAUUCCAAAGAAAAUAUAAUCUGGACUACAGUGAUUCUGAGCCAAAUAAGGGUGAAUAUAGUUUUAGUGCAAAUGAUUUGGAAAUGAAAAAUCCUGAAGUGCCUCUUUACCUCAAUAUGUCUCUAAAGGAUUGUGCUGGAAAAAAUAACAAUAGUGACAAUGAACUUAAAGAACCUACAAGGGCCCACUGGCAGGGCUGCAGAAAGGUAGUUCUAAACGAUAUUGAUGAGGGCCUAUCUUUUCCUACCUACAUCUCUAGGACUAAAAAGCAUAAACUGAUUUCUUGCAAUCCUCGAUCAGAGUUUGAAUAUGAAAGGCAAUUCACCUGCAAGUCCAGUCCUUGUACGAUAGGGGGUCACAGUGACCAUGGAAAAGACUUCCGUGUAAUUUUGAAGAGUAACCACAUCAGCAUGACCAGCAAGGUUUCUGGAUGUGGAAACCGAAGAUACAAGAGAUGCUCUCCAAAGUCUUCUUUGAAUAGGCAUUCUUACUCUUCAGAAACAUCCGCUAGCAGCAUGUCCAGCUUCAGAAGUACUUGUUCAAGUCAUAGAUUCAAUGGUAAUAGCAGAGGUAAUUUGCUCUGCUUCUGUAAAAGAGAACACAGCUCAGUUGAAAGGCACAAACGGAAAUGUCGAAAGCACAACUGCCUCUACUUGCCUGAUGAAAUAACGAAGAGCAGCCAAAUGCCGUCUGAAACACAGAAAGAGAGGAACUGCAAAUUGUGGGAAUCAUUUAAAAAUGAAAAAUACUCAAAACGUAGAUAUUGCCACUGCAGAGAAGGACAAAAACUGGGCAAAAAUCAACAAUUUUCAGGGCCAAAAUCUACGAGAAUAAUCUACUGUGAUUCUAACUCUCACAUUUCCUGUACUGGAAGUGGUGAAAAACCACCUAAUUGCCAGGGAACUCAGCAUGACAGAUUGGACUCUUACUCAAGAGAGAAAAUUUAUUACUUGAAUAAAAGCAAGAUAAAUCAAGAGUCAUUGGGUGGCCCCCACAUUUGUGAUCUUGGAAAAGUCAGGCCCGUGAAUUGUAACUCCGGGACUAUCAGCUGCCUUCUAAAGAACUGUUCCAGCGGCCCUCCAGAAAGCACAGAAUUAAACAUUACAGAAGCAGAGAGGACCCCUCUAACAGCAAAAAGCCUUUUAGAAAGAGUACAAGCCAAGAAAUGUCAGGAAAAAUCAAGCAAUGUUGAGGUCUCUUCAAGCAGCUGUAAAAAUGAAUUAGAGGCUUAUUCGCAAGUCCCAUGCACAGUUCAGCUUGUACCAUCAGGCUGUAACAGACAAGCAUUGCCUUUGUCUGAAAAAAUACAGUAUGCAAGUAAGAGCAGAAAUGAUCAAGACAGUGCAAUUCCAAGGACUACAGAGAAAGACAAAAGCAAAAGUUCACAGACAGAUAAUUGUACAAUUUUAGCAGACACUGCUUGUGAUCAUCUUUCUAAGGGUGUAAUUCACCUAGUAACAGAGUCUCAGUCACUAAACAUAAAAAGGAAUCCAAUAGCAAAACAACAAUCGAAACCUUUAAUUAGUGAAAUCCAACCUUUUAUUCAAAGCUGUGACCCAGUGCCAAAUGAAUUCCCUGGUGCUUUUCCAUCUAAUAGAUAUACUGGUGUUACUGAUUCAACAGAGACCAAAGAAGACCAAAUAAAUCUAGACUUACAGGAUGUAACCAUGCAUAUAAAUCAUGUAGAGGGAAAUAUAAACUCUCCCUAUGACAAAACUAUGCAGAAGGCUGACAAAGUCGAAGACGAAUUAGAAAUGUAUCAUAAAUCUGUCUCUCCCCCUUUAAUUCAACAGCCCAUAACAUUUUCUCCUGACGAAAUAGAUAAAUAUAAGAUCCUACAACUACAAGCCCAGCAGCAUAUGCAAAAGCAACUCCUAUCAAAGCAUCUUCGAGUUUUGCCUGCUGCAGGACCUACUGUCUUCUCUCCGGCCUCAACCAUACAGACUGUUCCAGUUCACCAGCACACUUCUAUCACCACCAUCCACCACACGUUCCUGCAGCAUUUUGCUGUUUCUGCUUCCUUAAGUUCUCAUAGCAGUCACCUCCCUAUUGCUCAUCUUCAUCCUCUUUCACAGACACAUUUCACUCCUAUCUCAUUUUCUACUCUGACUCCAACCAUUAUCCCUGCACAUCCCACCUUCUUAGCAGGUCAUCCCCUGCAUUUGGUAGCUGCUACCCCCUUCCACCCAUCUCACAUAACACUUCAGCCCCUGCCCCCUACAGCAUUUAUUCCUACACUGUUUGGCCCUCACUUAAACCCAGCCACAACUUCUAUCAUCCACUUGAAUCCUUUAAUCCAACCAGUAUUCCAAGGUCAGGAUCUUUGCCUUCAUUCUUGCUCUAGCCAGAUGCAACAGUUAAAUGAAGUGAAAGAGGCCUUAAAUGUGUCCACAAACUUGAGCUAAUAAGUGUUAAAGUCCCUCUUGUGGAUAAUUUUAAUUGUCACUACCUAUAAAAUAAUAUAUUUAAAACAGUCUAUCAAUUAUAAGAUUUAAAAUAUUGCUGCCAAUACAAAAUGUGACCAAUAUAUAAAUAUGAACCAAAUUGCUAAUAUUAAAGCAAGAACAUUUUAAUAAUUUUUUAGCUUGUCAAAAUAAUAGGCAAAUUUAAAAUAAUUUUAGGAAAGGGUAGAGGGAAGAGGGAAAAGGGUUAAAGAUUUGUUUUGGAUGGGUUUUCAGAUAAUGCUAUAAAAUAGCAACAGAAAACAUUCAAGCAGAGCAUUAAAAUUAAAAAGAAAAAUCAGAUGAAGUAUAGCACCCUGUGUUUGAAGUGUUUGUUACGAGGAUGAAUGAGUGUUGAUUUGGCUUAUUUGUUAGAUAAUAAAAGGUCAGUGAAAUGAAGCAAUUAUUAAAAGUAAUUUCUAUGGUUAACUACUGACUAUGUUUUCAAUUAAUGUAGUCCGUUACUGUAUUUUCAUAGGAAAUAAGAACAAGACAUUUUCUGAUUAGGUUGAAAAUUAUACUUCAGUAAAAACAAUCUUUAUAGAUUGUACUUUUGAGUUUCUGUGCAAAAUAAAUUAUCUUCAUUUCACAUAAAUCUAUGUCAAGAUAAUUUUGUAAUUAUAAGAAUCAGCAAAAUUUAAAACUAAGAAUGUUUAACUUUUGUAUUAAAAAAGAUACAACUAUCAUUAAUAUUUGAUAAAGCAAACUCAAAAAUAAAAUGUACUCAGUAUAAACUUUUAAAUAUAUUGGUCAAUCUGUCAAAUAGUACAGGAAUUAAAAUGUUAAGUGUUUAUUAUUCUUCUACUCAAAAGUUUUACUAUGUUCGGCUAAUGUAUCUAUAAGGAUAGAGGUAAAGGUUUGAAAAUAUCGAUCUUUUUACAUGUUUCUUGAAGAUAUCUUAUUAAAUAUCUGGUGCGUUUUAUUCAAUUUUGCUAGAUAUUUAUGCAACAAUGAAUGAUGAUGACUAAAAUCACCAUACAUGUAAUUUCACAAACAAUUUCAAACAUUCAAAAUGUUUUCGACCCACAAAAUUUUCAUUUCAUGUAUCUAUAUUGGUGCAUGGUCCUAGAGUUAGGUUUGUUAUUUUAUGUUCUUAAGCUUAAGUUUCAGAGAAAAUCAAACUUAACAGAAAUGGAGGUGGUCAUUUAUCUAAUAAUGCUGUCUGUACGAAGAUGCAAACUCCUCUACCACUAGAAGAUUAGAGGAUGUCUUCUUCAGCCUCGGCUUCACAAUGAAGACAGCUAUAUUUACUUAAGGUCUGUUGUGAUUCAGGUAGAGUCACCCUAACCACUUGUUUGCAUCAUCUUCUUUACUUUUCACAACUGUAUUUUUAAAUCAGCAUUAUGGUUCCUCAUUACAGAUAAGGAAAAGGAAGUAGAAAAGUUAAAUAUUAAAUACUUGGUAAACAGUAGGAAAGGACAUCUUUGAUUCAGGAGAGACGGCGAGAGGUGAGAGAGAAAGAGAAAGAAAGAGUGGAGCGACUACAAGGAGAUAAAGUAAAUUUGAGGUUUUAACAGAAAGAAAAAAUGCAGUUUCCAAGAUAUCAUCAGAAACUUGUGAGAUAAGAGUUCUGACUGGUAUAUAACAGUGACAAAAUCUAAUUAAUUUAAAAGGAUUGGAAAAAUGAAGAAAAACUAUCAAAUAGCAAGAAGCUAUACUUGCAUGGAAUUCCAUGAAAAUAAUUAUAAAAGACCAUUGAUGAACAUUGAGUAAAUCCAUAAAGAAGCGAGAUAAAUGAAAUAUUUCUUAUAAAAUGGAUGACAAAUGGUCUAGCAAGUUUUUUUUUAAGUAAUGUGAAAAAUUAUUUCCUAAAGCAAAAGAUUACAAAACUGGUGCACAGCCAAGAUAAUCAUGGGAACUCACUAGAAGUCCUAUUAUAAAAACAUUAGCUGUCUGAUUGAUUUUUAUAAUUGUCUUGGUGACAAUUUAAAUUCUCAGAAGGUUAGACCAGAGCACCUCUACUGAGCACUUAAUUUUGACUAACAAAGACAGAUUGAUAUGAAUGGAUGACAUGGAAAUAACUAUUCCAUCUUGUAUUAACAGUGAUAAAGUGUUCACCAGACGAACUAAUUUGGACUAUGUAGAAAGCAGACUUCUCCCUUUAAAUAAAAGAUAAUUCGUACUCCAGAGUGAGAAAUUGGAAAAACUGUGACAUCACAUGAGGGAAAAUGCAAUUAUGCAACUUACUUCCCCCCAGAUCAGUAACUGUAGGCUGAAACACUGUUUUGUUUUCCAUUUUACCUUAAGAGAAACAUAUUCUGGGGGGGGUGGAACAGAAAGAAUUUAAAAUAUAUAUUAAACUCUAAAAUAAUUCAAUUAAAAACGUUGUCACUGUAAUGGAUUGUAUUUUUAGCAGUAUUUCCUUCCAUUUUCUUAAUUAUUUGACAGGUGACUUUGAGCAUUGAAUUUAUUUUAUGACUAUUGCCUGAUAUUUACAGGGUAAUUUUCUUUAUGGGAUCACUGUUUCACAAGUGGCUCAUGGAGGCAGUUUUAAAAAAUCUCUUUCAAACUCUAAAUGCUUAAGAAAGGCUGUGAAAUCUUAUACACAAGUACACACACACAGACACACACACAUGCACAAGCACUUAUCUAUAUAUUUUUCUUAAAGAUUAUAAACCAGUCUAACAUCAGAUAGCAUCAUUGAAUUUGAGGUAGAGUUACACAAAAUAAAUGCUUUGUAUGAAGAACUGAAAAUAUGGGGAAGUUCAGCUUCUUAAUAAUUCCCUGCCAAAUUCAGCAAUUAAAAAAAUACAAUGGGCCUAUAAAAAUGUAAAGGUGAACUUAAGGUUUACUUUUAAGGCAUUAUAAAUAAAAUAUUGGAAAUUAUUAGAAUAUAGAGAAUGAUUUAGAAAGUCUCCAAUUCCCAGAGUUUUUUGCUUAGGUAGUCAUUUUACAAAAUGAUCCCUUGAAAUUUAUUUCAUAUACCUAAAAUGGAUUUAACAGUGACCCAUUUUCUUUAGUUUCUUCCAGGACUUAAUGGAAUCUCUCUGUUAUUUCUGAAUGGAAAUAUACUCAGAUACUAAUUCUGUAAAGCGUUUCUGUUAAAUGGAACAUUUAACCGGUAAAAUUACUCAGGAUUCUAUUGCGGAAUCUCAUUAUCUCCUUAGUGCAUGAAGUUAUUACCUACACAGUUGCAAAUGCUGACAGCAACACAGCUUUCUGAAUUUUACCACCAUACUUUCAAGCUGAUCCCAAAACAUUAUACAUUUCAAAACAUUUGAAACAAUAAUUGAAGAUGUGGAGAUGGGUCUAUCCAUUAAGAUACUGCUUGGUAUUCAGGUGCUCUUGAUGUAUGUGAAUGAAACGUCCAGAUGCUCUCCCCAGGAUGUGUGGAUAGUUGAAUCCUUAGUGGUGAAAUAAUAGUGCUGAUCAUCUCAAAUUAAUCACACAUUUCUUAAUGUUUUCUAAAAAGUUAUUCACAUUUUCAGUUUCUUUCUGAGUUUUCAGAAACAUAGUUAAUAUUCUUAAAUAUAUAUAUAAAUAUCAGGUCCAGUUUUGUAACAACACAAUUUAAAAGAUCUAAAUCUUACACAUCAGUGUAUACAGCUAAGAUACUUAAGGGUAAAAUGGACCUAGUGCUCGUCUCUGGCCCAGCAAAUCUCGUGAAAUGGUUUAGUUUUGAUUCUUUAAAUUUGAUGAACUCAUGAAGAGAAAUGUGCUCUCAUUGGCAAGUAGAAACAUUAUUAACCACACAAUAGUCAGGAAAACAGAUAAUUGCCCUUUGUGUCUCAGACUGAAACCACUUCAAUAAGACAAGAAUUUCCCACUAAAAUAUGAAUUCUGCUGCCAAUAAGCCUGGGUCUAGAGGAUUUUCAAAGGUUAUCAUUUCAUUCCAGCAAAAAUAUUAUCCACUUCUUCUAUUAGGUAGACAUUGAAGGUGAUUGUUGUAUCUUUGGAUUAAGCUAUAUUAAAUGGAAGCAGCAGCUGAAUGGGUUAGGUUUAGAAUAAGCCAAUAUUAGAUAAGCCAAAGGGUCAUUUUCAUAUAGGAGCUACAUAUAGGAGAGGGUGCUCCCAAUCCACUUUUUAAAUUCUUUUUCUCAAAGUCACCUCCUUUUUAUGCAACCCCCCUGCCAACUCCCCACCACCAUUUUUCUUAAAUAGCAAGAGUAAGAAUAUCUUGUGAGAAACAUUAAAGUAAAAUCAGGCAAAUUGGGAAACUUAAAAUAUGUAUGAGUGCACAUGUGGAUGUGAAUCUGUGUGUGUUUUUAAUAAAUAAACUCUUUAGUCUUUUAUUGUAGAUCUUGUUCUUUGUUCAAAAUAGUGUUUUUCAAAACAUAUUCACAUAUUGAAACAAUAACUUCAAGAAGAGGUUUCUUAUUCCCAAACAAAAUUGUUAUUUCCUUCAAUAUGUGAGAUAAAAUAGUUAACAAUGUAAAUUGGUUGUGUAGCUGUUUAAAGCAAAUUCCCGUCUUACUCAAUUCUAAUUAAGUACUUAAUUUGUAAUUAAACUUGGUGAACCUCUGGCAAUAUGAUACAUAAACUAAUAAUUUUAUUUUGCAUUUUCUGUAUAAAUUGUAUUUUUAAACUAUACUGUGGCUAAGUAAAUUGCACUAUUGUACAUGCAAAGCAGCUUUUUUAGGUUAUUCAAUAAAUUACUUGGACUGUAGUUCAAUGCAAUAAUAUUUUUUUCAAUAAAAAGCUUAAUGAUAUAGGAGUGUUAGUCAUGUAUUUCUAACAAAAAGCAUACCAAAAUAUAAGAACAAAAUCAAAUGCAAAAUGGUGUGGAACUAUUCUGUAUUUUACACUGCUGAAUUAAAAUGCAUUUAUUAUUUCAUUUAUUACUGUAUGUAUUUAUAUUAUAUAUUUAAAGGCUGGGAUUUCUUAGACUGUUUCUUAAUAUUUUAGUGUUAUUAAAAUAAGCUGUUUCCUCCAAAUGAAAAUAAAUAUAACUUUAAAAAUUCUAUAGAUGUAUCCUUUGUUGGAAACUAUAAUAUAUAUACAUAUACUAUAAUAUCUGUUUCUUUUUGUUUGCAUUAAAAAUGUGAACUAAUGCUCUGCAAUAUUUUAAAGCUGCAUAGUUUCAGGAAUGUAUUCCCUAAUAGGUAAUAUAAUAUGGUAGCAUUCUACACAUUUAUUAUAACUUUAACUUUAAUGUAAAAUCUAGAGAUACUUUGAUUAAGAGAAACCCCAAUAAGCUGUCUCAGUAGGACUCAACUCACUAAGAAAGCUCUUUAAUCAAGCAUGACCAAUGGCAUGGGAAAAUGACAUUUUAUAAAACUCCCACUCCUCUUUCUUUUCUUAAUCUUUGCACUCCAUUCCUAAUAAGCGCUCAUCUGGGGGAUGCUACUCUGAUAUCUGUGCAAAAUCUCAGUACAGGCGUUGGUUAGAAAUACCUACUAGAUUCUCUCUUGUUCUUGAAUUACAUCUAUCCUUAUCCUUCCCUUUGCCCUUCCACAAGCUCUAACAAAAUCCUAAAUCUCCUUACUUUUAUAUUUUGAUUGAAUGAGUUGUCAUUACCUGUGCAUUUUAAUGGAGCUGAACUUUGCAAUGCACCCUAAACUAGUGGUAGAGUUGGAGCUUUCAAUAGAGAAAUGUUUCAGAUGCCAGUCACCUGCCUCCCUACAUUUCCAGCCUAGAUUUCCUACUUCUAUGCUAGAUCAUUUAUUAGAACACUGCUAUGUAAUAAAAAAGUAUAUUUUCACACAAUACGAACACAUCGACACACAGUUACACGCACACACGUGCAUAUCUACAUUGUUGGUGGAGUCAUGAUAGAAAUUCUCCUUUCUUAAUUCAUCAAAUUGUACCAUUUAUUGAGUACCUAAUAGGAGCCAAAUACUGUUUGUAUCCUCCCCACUAGCUAUAUUCCUGGAUUCCCUCUGAGGAGGAAACUAGGUUUCUCCUGAAAAUGAAAAGAGGUGUUAUUAAUAAUUCCACUGAGACAAAUGAGCCAAUGGUAAUUUAUGGUCUCUGUACUCAGAGCCUGCUCUUCAUAAUGUGUGGGCGUCUCUCUGCCUUUGUUCACUAUCUGUGUCAUUUUUGGUCCAUCAUAAACAUUUUUACACCAAUAGAAAAUGAAUGUCAUACACUCUUUUUUUUUUCAAGAGACAGGAUCUCACUCUGUCACCCAGGUUGGAGUGCAGUGGCACCAUUAUAGUUCACUCAAAUUCCUGGGUUCAAGCAAUCCUCCUGCCUCAACCACCAGAGUAGCUGCAACUAAAGGCACAUGCCACCACACUCUAAUUUUUAAAAAAUUUUGUUGAGACAGGGGUCUCACUAGGUUACUCAGGCUGGCUGCACACUUUUGGCCUAAAUUAUCCUCUCAACUCUGCCUCCCAAAGUGCUGGGAUUACAGGUGAGCCACUGUGCCCAACUCAUCAUAUACUCUUGAGGUUGUUUUCUUUUUCUCAUUUACUGGUAGACUUGAGUCAUUUCUCAAACAUCAAUUUUUUAAUGCUUUGAAUUCUAGAGAGAAAACCUAGCAGAAAUUUCUAAAGGUACUUAGCAAUAAAUAAAUGAAAACCACUCAGCCGACUGGCACACUCAAGAGAAUACUGAUUAGAACGUUCUUUCCUAGGUACUCUUUUAAUUCCUUUCCUCUUUUCACUCAAGUGUUUUUCAAAAGUCUACUCCUCAGGGAGGGCAUUCUUAACCACUGAAUCUAGAAGAUACCUACUUAAAUAUUUAAGGUUAUACAAUUAAUCUUGAAUUAUAUAUAUGUCUAAAGUCCAUCUUAGAAAUACAAAUUCUGAGGAGAGGGAAUUUAUGAGAGGAGAAUUUUUUUCCUCUUUUGUUAAUGCUAUAUUUCAAUUUCCUAGAAUUAUACUGGAAACAUAGGAUAACCUGUCAAUAUUUGUUGAGUAAAAUAAUAAAUUAAUAAAUUGAAGAAGACUCUCAGCUUACUGGUUGUCUUAAUGCAAUGUUCUUUUACUGAGCAACGGUAGGCAAAGUUUGACGCAAUUUAUUUAACAGAUUAUAAUUUGAAAAUCAAAGGCUAUAAUUUCAUCUAAAAAGUAGAAGUUAAAAAAAGAACUUGUCGAUUAAUUGAUAAAAUAUUUGUUGAAGUGUUGUUUAGUCAUUAUUUUAACUUUUAGAAUAUCCUUAGGAAAUAAUGUAUUAUUUCCUUGAAGAUGUAAAAUAUACAUGCAUACGUAAAAUAUUAAUAUGUAUUUUAAGUAUUGCAAUGAUUAGUAAAAGUAUGUAUCAUAUAACCUCUUUUGGUUUAGGUAUUGUCUUCAAUCCCAGUAGUCAGAAGCAGUAUAACCAAUAUUGUCUGGGUACAUAUAAAUCUACUCCUCUGUAUGUAAUGUUCGCUGCUAUUUACAGUUGGUAAGACACGAUGGAAAUUCUUUGGAGAGUGAAUGUUUUAACCAUUUAACUAAUAUACACUAGGUGGCUACUACAUGCAAGGGACAAAUAUAGCAGUACAUAAACUGUCUAAAAGUUCUGUUCUUACUGAACUUACAUUUUAAUGGAGGGAGAAUAAAAAGAACAAAACUAGCAAAACAUGUGAUCUAAAAUAUUAAGUGCUGAAGAAGUUAAUAGCGGUUUACAUAUAAUAGUAGAGCCUAUAUUUGUACCAACAUCUUUUUUAUUAUGCAAUCUUUGCUUAUUCUUCUACAUGAAAUGGUGUAAGAUAGAUAUUGCUAUCUAAGACAUUGCUAUCUGGACAAUGAUGCGUGUUUAUUUGGUUACUCCACUGAAGAAGGAUGGUGAAUUUAAAGAAAUUUAUCUAUUUUAAAUGGACUGUAGAGACUAUUUAUAAAAUGUAGCCUAGUGUUGGCUAUGUUAAGCCUAUUCUGACUUUGAGACUAGAAUUCUGUAAUUGCACUAGUUCAAAAUGUGUUGCUAUUGAAUAAUUUAAAAUGUGAUGUAUACUUAUAGGAGAAACAAUGGCAUAUUUACAGAGGUAUGAAUGCACCAUUGUAGUCAUCAGCACUCAAUGCAUGUUCCAAAAUGAAAAAACUAGAUUUCAGAGAAUGACAGGUGAAAUUAUCUUCUGAAUGCUCUGUUUUAGGAAAGCAGUAGGCGUGAAGAAAACCUCUAGCUUUUGUCAGAAUCUACAGGGAAAUUCCAUUUCAUCAAGAAGAUAGGCUCCCCGGGGUUUGCUGUUAUGGUUUAACUAGUUGCUGUAUUUAUUAAAGUGUGACCGUUUCAGAUCUCUUUGAUGUGAAGCCAUUUUCUUCAAUCCCACAAUCAACAAUUAUUUACAGAGCUUUUUGUUUUCUGUUACCUAGUUGUUUCUUUUUUUGCCCCACUGACUUAAACAAUAGUAUAAUUCUUUUUUUCUCUGUCUCAAAGCAGAAUGAAAACGGUAAAAGCAUCCCAUGUAAAAAUCUGAACUACAUGAGAAAUGUUACUUCUUGAUUUCUAAUUAUCUUUGCAAAUGAUAAAGAAAUUAAUUAUCAACAAAUGAGGCUGUCUAAUAAACAAAGCAUUUUGUAUUGUUGCUACACAGAAAACUGUAUCCUUGAGGAUGAUAUCAAGUGUCUCUCCUUGGAAAGCCAGGCUCUGAAUUGCAGCAUUGGCUGGCCUUGUUUUCUUAUUUCAAAUUGAGCUGUCCCAUUCUUGGUGGCACCAUGGGGUGGUUGUCGCUACUUAUAGAGAUGUUUCAGUGCUUCAGGCUGAUUUCUGGCGUGUCCUUUAAGCAUUACACUGCCCCUCUUGGGCAUAUCUAUUCUCCUACUGCUUCUUAGACAGUAUGCCCUCAUCAAUCUUUCUCACAUGCCAAUCCUGUCAGAAUUGGGUUUUGACAAUGAUUGUGGCAAAUAUGAAGAAGCAAGUGCAUCCUGAACCCUGACCAAUGCGAAUGUUAUUCUGCCUGCUGAGGUUGCGUCAGUUGUAGUUGCACUAGAAUUUAGUAACCAGCUGUGACAAGGAGACAAAUUCUCAUGAAUUGAAAGUGUUUGUGACCACACAGUUACUUUGUCUGCUUGACACUUGAUGUAUGAUAGUGUUCUAUUAAGAGAAAAUGAGUUUGGGUGCCAAUUUGAGAGGCAUGUCAUUAGUGAAGAUUUCAGAGACAUAAGAGCUUAAAUAUUUUCAUAGAGGAAUGAGCUUAUCCAAAAGUUGUCAGUGUUAUUCAUGCUUCCUCAGUCAAGAUGUACUGACGUAUCAUAGGAAAAAUAUAGCAACCAUAGUUGACUAGCAGGUUAAAGAGCAAUGGUCACAAUCUAUUUGUCUUAUCUACUACCACAAGACUGAUAAAUAUUAAUUGGCUAUGCCAGGAUUGCCAAGUUCUGGAACAAUGGUAUACUUGUGAUUUUUCAGCCUACUAUUUUUUUUUAACUUACCAUUAAAACAUUUUCCUUCUUGCUACAUUGUUUCUUAAUCAGCAUUUUGAAUUAGGAAGGAAAGUGCAUGGAGUCAGUAUACUAUAAUUUACAUAACCAUUCCCCAUGUUAUUGAUAUUUAGACUUUCCCCCAGAUUUUUGCAAAUAUAAAGAAUGCUUCAAUGAACAUUUAAAGAUGUAGUGUUUUUUCUUCUUAUCACUACUGAUAUAAGGUUGUUUCUUGGAAAUGGAGAUCAAAGCACACAUUAAUGUUUUGUAGAGAUUACCAAAUUGCUUUCCAAUGAGUUUUAUCAAGGUCAUAAAUAUAAAUAUAAAUAUAUCAAAAACCAUGAAAGUAAUGUGCUAUAAUUCAUUUGACUCUUCCUUCUCCUAUCAUUAUCACUUUUAUUGUUCUAUUUAUACUAUUAUUAUACCAUAAUUAUGUAGUAAUUAAAGAUUAGAAAAGACUUUGGUAUGUUCUUUUUUAACAUUUUUUAAUAACUUAAAAAAAAUUAUAGUUUCUACUUUUUGAAUUAUCUGUCAAUAUCUUUGGGAAUCUAUAUAAAAUAAGAAUGUGUGUGGGAGUUUAUAGCUCUUAUUCUUUAAUGGACUACAAAUAAGCCUUAAUCAUUAUGCUUCAUGGUUUUAUUCUUAAACUUGCAUGCCUACACUUUAUACCCCAUCUAAAUGUCUAAUUGUCUGUCUAGGGAUCAAAUAUUGUCCUGUAGAAUCUUGUCUGUUAUUAUAUUACCUAUAUUUCCUUUAGAAAGGGAAAAUUAUAUUAACAAUAAAUGCUAAGUAGCUCUUUCAUAGGUAUCAAUAAUGGUAAAAAAGCUGUUCCCAUAUACUAGAAAGUCAUAGAAUCUUACAAUUAGGAGACUAUAGAGAUCAUUUAGGGCCGAGAACAGCAGCUACAAUCUUGUAGACACUCUGAUUUACUGAACGAAUGAUUGAAUCUAAUAUUGUGCUUUCAUUUUAUAAACAAUGAAUUUUCUAAAGUGCAUUCCAGGAAUACAAAUUAAUUUGCCAGUGUAAGCUGGUAUUAAAUAAAGAUAUUUAGCUCUUCGAUAUAACACUGUGCCAUCCAGGUUUAGAUUGAUGGCAAAAAUUAAGAGCAUUAGUAAUAACUUAGAUGAUGGACCUUAAAACUGAACCACUCAGUUUCAAAGCCUAAUUCUUCCAUUUUCUAGCUGUGUGACCUGGGGCAAAUCACUUAGCCUUUCACAGCCUCAGUUUCUUUAUUUAAAGAUGUAUAUAAUGAUAGUACAAUCUGUAUAAUAAGAAAUUUGACUGGAAUGUAGCCUCUAAAUCCUUGGAAUAAGAAAUUUGGCUGGUCUAUGUCCUGGGUUCCUAGAAAGUAGGCUCUAAAUUCUAGGACUCCCUGAGUGAUAUGGGUGUCUUUGAUAUUUAUGGUUAGCCUUGAUUGUUUAUUAUGAGGUGACUCAUGGCCUGCUGCUAGACAGUUUAACGUAAUGAGAUGACUCAAGAUGGAAGCUGGCCAUGCCAGAAAGACAAAUCAUGUGGUUAUUGGGUUAGGGCUUUGAACCAGGUGGUAUUAACCCAACCUCCAGGGAUGGAAGAGAAGAAAUGGAGGCUGAGUGACAUGGGCAAGGAUUUAAUCAAUUGUGCCUAUGUAAUGAAACUGAUAUAAACUCUGCAUACAGUGGUCUGGUCUGCGUCCUUGGUUGGUAACACUCUGUCCUGACUCCAAGAAGAGAACAAUGGAAGCUUUGCAUUUAGAAUCCUCGUAGAGGUUGUUCUAUGCACCUCUUUAGCUGGUUCUGAUUUGUAUCCUUUUUGCUAUACUAAAAUUGUCAUCAAAUGUAUAGUACUUUGCUGAGUUCCGUGAGUUGUUUGUGGUGAAUUGAGCCUGAAGGGGUAGUAGGAAUCCCCAGAUUUGUUGCCAGUUGGUCAGAGGUGAAGAUGAUCUUUGGACUCCCGGACUUUCACCUGGUGAUUGAAGUGAAGGUAGUCUUGUGAAGGAUUGUGUUUUUAACCUGUGAAGCUUGUCACAACUCUGGGUGUUGGUGUAAGAAAUUGCAGUAUCUCAUAGAUUUAUGAGAAUUGAAUAAUGCUUAGAAUGGUUAUCAUAUGCAAUAAAUACUGUGUGAGUGUUAGAUGUUGUAAUUAUUGUUAAAAGUUCAGGUUUUCUCAUGACUGAUAACUAUAAUGUCCAUUGAA